AUGCCUGAACAAAGCAACGACUACAGGGUGGUGGUGUUUGGAGCGGCAGGCGUCGGCAAAAGCUCCUUGGUCCUUCGUUUUGUAAGGGGAACUUUCAGGGAAACCUAUGUCCCCACCAUCGAGGACACCUACCGGCAGGUCAUCAGCUGCGACAAGAGCAUCUGCACCCUCCAGAUCACAGACACCACGGGCAGCCACCAGUUCCCUGCCAUGCAGAGGCUGUCCAUCUCCAAAGGGCACGCUUUCAUCUUGGUCUACUCGGUCACCAGCAGGCAGUCCAUGGAAGAUCUUCGGCCCAUCUUCGAACAGAUUUGCCAGAUUAAAGAGGACGUCCGAAAAAUCCCCAUCAUGUUGGUGGGGAACAAAAGCGACGACACCCAGCGGGAGCUGGAUGCCAGCGAGGGGCAAGCGUUGGCCAGCAAGUGGAAGUGCUCCUUCAUGGAGACCUCGGCCAAAAUGAACUACAACGUCCAGGAGCUCUUCCAGGAGCUCCUGAAUCUGGAGAAGAGGAGAACUGUCAGUCUGCAGGUGGAUGGGAAGAAAGGCAAGCAGCAGAAGAAGAAAGAUAAACUGCAAGGCAAGUGCUCUGUGAUGUGAUUGACUCGGGCAGGACUCUUCCCCACGCACGGUGUGGCCGGAGAGGGGACUCCCACAGAAAAUACAUCUCUGCUGGAGGUUUUUGGACAAAUCCAUUCCUUACAGGGCUGGUGCUUCUCUCUGAGAUCUCCACUGGGUUAUUUUACGUGUUGUUUUAAAGGGGAUGGCUUUCUGCAUGUUUAUUUUUAAAUAACAAUAAAUAUUUGAUGUUAGCAA